AUGAAUAGGCACUACGCCUCGCCCAAAGGCUACGCUGCCUAUCCUCGCGGGGACAGCACCUUCUCCCUCUCGCCCAACAAAUUCCAACCUCGCUCACAGCCUGCCCUCCGCCGUCGACGCCAACUCUUCCAACGGCUCAUUCUCCUCGGCGGCAUUUCUCUCUUGCUGGUCAUCUUCAUUUUCCCCUCAUGGCGCGCUGCGAUCCUCCCUACCCUCUCGCUCGGCCUCUUCCACGGUACAGAGGACCUACAACUACAGACAGUCCGAUACUAUGACCUGUCCGAGGUGGAGGGAACAGAGAAGGGCUGGGAGCGCGGGGAACGCGUCCUCAUGCUCACCCCGCUGCGAGAUGCCUCCUCCCAUCUCCCAAUGUUCUUCUCCCACCUCCGCAACCUCACCUACCCCCACAAUCUCAUCGACCUUGCCUUCCUAGUGUCGGACUCGCGCGAUGACACUCUCAACAUGCUGUCGCGCAUGCUCACUGAGGUGCAGAACAACUCGGACCCGACGAUGGCCUUUGGCGAGAUCUCGGUGAUCCAGAAGGAUUUCGGCCAGAAAGUGCAGCAGGAUGUCGAAAGCCGGCAUGGCUUCGAGGCUCAGGCCAGUCGUCGUAAGCUGAUGGCCCAGGCGCGGAAUUGGUUGCUGAGCGCGACCCUCCGUCCUACACACAGCUGGGUCUACUGGCGAGAUGCAGACGUGGAGACGGCGCCAUUUACGAUCAUUGAGGAUUUGAUGCGGCAUAACAAGGAUGUCACCGUUCCAAAUGUGUGGCGGCCGCUUCCGGAUUGGCUAGGUGGAGAGCAGCCGUACGAUUUGAAUUCGUGGCAGGAGUCGGAGACGGCGCUCGCGCUGGCGGAUACACUAGACGAAGAUGCUGUCAUUGUGGAGGGAUAUGCCGAGUAUGCGACAUGGCGACCUCACCUCGCUUACCUCCGCGAUCCCUACGGCGACCCAGACAUGGAGAUGGAGCUGGACGGCAUUGGCGGCGUCAGUAUUCUGGCGAAAGCCCGUGUCUUCCGUGCUGGUGUCCAUUUCCCAGCAUUUAGCUUCGAGAAGCACGCUGAGACGGAAGGAUUUGGCAAGAUGGCCAAACGCAUGAAGUUUUCCGUUAUUGGAUUGCCACACUAUACGAUUUGGCAUUUGUACGAGCCUAGCGUUGACGAUCUGCGCCAUAUGGAAGAGAUGGAGAUGGAGCGACAGGCUCGCGAGCAGGAAGAGCGGGAACGCGAACUUGCUGAGCAGAAGGAGGCUUCCCAAUUCAAGUUUGGGAAUACGCACAAGCUCAACGACGAGUUCAAAGGUUCCGAUAAGGGGCCUGCUGCUCAACCGGUCAAAGAAGCUGGAAAGGGCUCUUCCUUCCAAUAA